AUGCCUUGUGAUCUUCAGGUGUUUCUGAAUGGGCACUACUCAGGGGAAGAUCUAGUACCGAAAUUCACCAAUGCAGAGCCAUGGAAGAAAGUGUUCGGCCCGGUUUUUAUCUACGUUAAUUCGGGUCCCGCCGGAACCGAUUCGCUUUCACUCUGGGAGGAUGCAAAAUCACAGACGGCAAAUGAAGUUCAAAGAUGGCCGUACAAUUUCCCAGUUUCAGAAGAUUUCCCUAACUCUGACCAACGGGGCUCCAUCAGUGGUAGAUUACUAAUUAUGGAUCGGUUCCUUAGUGAGGAUUAUAUAUCUGCAGAAUCUGCCUAUGUGGGCCUUGCUUUACCUGGAGCCGUUGGAUCAUGGCAAAGAGAAUGCAAGGGCUACCAGUUUUGGACUAGAGCUGACUCAGACGGGUUUUUCUCCAUCAAUAACAUCCGGACUGGAGACUACAAUCUGUAUGCAUGGGUACCCGGUUUUAUAGGAGAUUACAGAAAUGAUGAGAUCAUUACCAUCACCGAAGGAUGUGUUAUUGCCUUGGGUGAUCUGGUAUAUGAACCACCAAGAGAUGGUCCCACAUUGUGGGAGAUCGGUAUCCCUGAUCGUUCUGCAGCUGAGUUCUACGUUCCUGAUCCUAAUCCUAUGUAUGUUAACAAACUCUACAUUAAUCAUCCUGACAAGUUUAGGCAGUAUGGUUUGUGGGAGAGGUAUGCUGAUUUAUAUCCCAACAAUGAUCUUGUCUACACCGUUGGUGUAAGUGAUUAUCGAAGAGAUUGGUUCUAUGCACAGGUCACUAGGAAGAAAGAUGAUAAAUCAUACCAAGCAACCACAUGGCAGAUAAAAUUCACACUCGACACCGUCGUCCAAAGCGGGACGUAUAAAUUGCGAUUGGCGAUUGCAUCGGCUACACUAUCUGAAUUGCAAGUUCGAUUCAAUGACCCAAAAGCCUAUCGGCCUCACUUUACAACUGGACUAUUUGGCAGGGACAACUCGAUCGCCAGACAUGGGAUUCAUGGGCUCUACUGGCUGUUCAAUGUCAACAUACCGAGCUACCUGCUUGUGGGGGGAGGCAAUACAAUCUUUCUUACUCAGCCGAGAAGCUGGAGUCCCUUCCAAGGGAUCAUGUACGAUUACAUCCGAUUAGAAGGGCCUGCUGAUCCUUAUUCGAAUAAGGAAAAAUCAUCUCACAUUUUGUACUAGGUAUAUAAUAUCGCUGUGCUAACAGCCAAAAUCUUAGUACUGUCA